ACAGUUAAUAGACGUCAUGUUUUUAGAGUCGUCAAGUGUGUUUGAUCGAAAAAUGUAAUAAAUUUUUAACGCUAAAAAAUAUAUUUUGUAUUUAAAAAAGCGUUAGAAAUAUGUUCCGACAAUAUUUUAUAGAGAAUAAUUAAGAUAGUUACCCUGUUAGUAUAUUAGGUGUUACGAUGUAUAUUUUAAGAACUGUAUUUAUACUAGUCGUAGCAGCCUUUAGAUUUGUUAUAAGUUUUUCCGAUGUUGGAAAAUGGGACUUACUACUUAAUGGGGAAACCUGUAACUUUACAGUAGCAAAAUCAUUGUUUAAGGACUCAAAAUUAAUUAUUGUAUUACAUUGUCAAGAGCCUGCAAAUCUAACUGUGGCAUAUUCUUGGAGGCAGACACCAUGUUCUCCAGAAUACAACCAUUUUUUCGAAAAGCGAAUUGUAGACUGCUCAAAUGUGGUUGAACGACCAAUGCUCAUUAGCAACCGCAGCUCGGGUCAAGCUAUAAAUGUUGUGCAAGCAGUUACAUGCGAUGGCAAAAAUCCCAUUUUUUUUUAUAAUGAAAAAGACAAAGGAUCUGAGACUGAUCAAAGUGUAAAGUCUCUUACCCCAUCAUUAUUAACAGUGGAUAGAGAAGGUGUCUAUGUACUCACCAUGUCAGUAACAAGUAAUAUUAAGUAUAAAGCAUCAUUGCACAUUGAAAUGGUAGCGCCAUCUGGAUAUUUGUCUGCAGCAAUAUGGCCAUUUUUACCAUUCUUUGGUGUGAUGUGUGGUGUGUACGCACUAUUGUGUGCGGGCUGGCUAAUUGUGUGCGGACUGCAAUGGCGUGACCUACUUAGGAUACAGUAUUGGAUUGGUGGAGUAGCGCUACUUGGUAUGGUGGAGAGUGCUACAUACUAUGGGGUCUAUUCGUCCAUUAAUAGCACUGGUUACUUCAACGCGGGCGUGUUUAUGUUCGCUGAGUGGGUGUCAGUGGCGAAGCGUGCGUUGGCUCGCAUGCUCGUCAUCAUCGUGUCGCUUGGCUUUGGGAUUGUGAAGCCGCGGCUGGGGCCCGCGCUGCAGCGCGUGCUCGGCACGGGCGCGCUGUGGGCUCUCCUGGCCGGUAUCGACGCGUGGCUCCGCCUGCACCACAAGGCGGACGACUCGAACCGCGACCUGUUGCUGUCCGAGGCGCCGCUCUCGCUGCUGGACAGCGCCAUCUGUUGGUGGGUGUUCGUGUCGCUCGCGCAUACGAUGCGCACGCUGCAACUGAGGAGAAACGCAAUUAAGCUGUCCCUAUACAAAUAUUUCACAAACACGUUAAUAUUCGCUGUCAUUGCAUCUGUGAUAUUUAUGCUCUACACUCUUAAGUCAUACAGGAUUCUUUUUUGUAUAACGGAUUGGAAGGAAGUGUGGAUGGACGAAGCGUUCUGGCACAUCCUGUUCGCUUGCGUGCUCACUGCUAUCAUGGUGCUGUGGCGGCCGACCAACAACAACCAGCGGUACGCGUUCACGCCGCUGCUGGACAACGCUGAGGAUGAUGAGGACGAAGAAGACCAAUUCGUCAACGACGCAUACGGCGUCAAAAUGCGUGGCACAAGUAUCAGCGAGCCCGCGGACAAUCGCGAUCUUCCCGAACCGAACACUACCUCGCUGGACUCCGACUUGCGUUGGGUGGAAGAAAAUAUACCCACCAGCUCAUUGCCCUUGUUGGAUUCGGAUGAAGAAAUAAUAAACACAAAGUUUGAAGUGUCGAAGAUGCAGUAAACAUAGUAUUAUUAAUUAAAUGUGUCUGUGCA